CAACAAGAAAGAUUAGAUAAAGCCCAAAGAAUGGUUAUGGAAAGGGAUAGGUUACCUAUAUCAAAUUUAAUCAAUAAUGAAUUUUAUUUUGAGGAGGAAGAGGAUGGUGAAGUUAAUAAUGGUGACAAUACGGAUUCAGAACAAUUAAAUAUAAGUAAUAUAAACACUACUUCUAAAACACUUCGUCCAAUUAAAGAUUGUCCAACUCGAUGGAAUUCCACGUAUCGGUCUUGGGAAAGGCUUUUAAAGCUAAAAGAUGCAAUCAUUUGGUUAGAAGCCAACCUGAAAAUUUCACAGCAUUCAGAUGAUAAAAAAGAUGAAUUAGUUAAAAUCUUUGAGCCAUUCGACCAAGCAACUGAGGCAUUUAGUGCUGAAAAAUAUCCUACACUGUCAGUUGUAUAUCCUAUCAUUGAAGUCUUAAAAUCUGAAUUCGCAGCAGAUCCGAAUUUAACUUUAAUUGAGGAAGACCUUAAUGAAGAAUAUGACAGCGAUAGUGACAGUGAAGAAGUUCAGAUACUAGAGCCCCACAAUAUUCAAACAAUAAUUGCUCAA